ACGGAGUUUUUGGCUUCGGGUGCGAUUUGUUGAAAAUUUCAUUUAAAUAAAUCUACACAACUUUCAUCAAAACGUAUACAAAAUUGUUAUUAUUUAAAACAUUAUUAUAUAUAUAUUUUUAAAAGUUAAUAAAAGUGAAAAAAUACAAAACAAAAAAAAUGUCAAACGGUGAACAAAAAAACAUAAAAGUUGCAGUUCGCGUCCGUCCAUACAAUAGACGUGAAUUGGAAACAAAUCAAAGAACAAUAAUUAAAGUCAUGGACAAAACAACUCUCCUCUUUGAUCCUGACGAAGAGGACGAUGAGUUUUUCUUUCAAGGAGUCAAACAACAUUAUCGUGACAUGACAAAAAGGGUCAAUAAGAAACUCAGUAUGGAUUUUGAUCGAGUUUUUGAUACGGAAUCAUCAAAUGAAGAUUUGUUUGAGGAAUGCACAAUGCCGCUGGUUGAAUCGGUCAUGAAUGGAUACAACUGCUCCGUUUUCGUGUAUGGAGCAACAGGAGCUGGCAAAACUUUCACAAUGCUUGGCAGCGAAGAUUGUCGAGGUCUUACAUAUCUCACAAUGCAAGAGCUCUUCAAUAAAAUCGGCGAUCUCAGUGAGACACGCAAAUUUGAUAUAGGCGUCAGCUACUUGGAAGUAUACAAUGAGCAGGUGAUGAAUCUACUAACAAAAAGUGGUCCAUUAAAACUACGUGAAGACUCAAAUGGCGUAGUAGUUAGUGGCCUGGUUCUAAAGCCAAUAUUCAGUGCCGACGAGUUGCUAGAGUUACUUGCUCAGGGCAAUAAUAAUCGAACACAACAUCCAACAGAUGCAAAUGCAGAGAGCAGUCGGAGUCAUGCUGUUUUUCAAGUUCACAUCCGCAUGACUGACAAAAAAUCUGGCCAGAAACGAACUGUUAAGUUGUCUAUGAUUGAUUUGGCAGGAAGUGAAAGAGCAGCAAGUACUCGCGGUAUUGGUGUUAGAUUCAAAGAGGGAGCGAGUAUUAAUAAAUCUCUUCUGGCAUUGGGAAAUUGUAUAAACAAGCUGGCCGAUGGAAUGAAACACAUUCCCUAUCGCGAUUCAAAUCUUACGAGAAUCUUGAAAGAUUCCUUAGGUGGAAAUUGUCAAACUUUGAUGAUUGCUAAUGUUUCCAUGAGUUCUUUGACCUACGAAGAUACAUACAACACGCUUAAGUAUGCCAGUCGCGCCAAGAAGAUCCGUACAACUCUCAGGAAGAAUGUUAUGAAGUCUAAUAUGCCCAAAGAGUUCUAUGUUAAGAAGAAUAUGGAACUGCAAGACGAAAAUGAUCGUCUUCAAGAGAUUAUAAAAAACCUGGAGAACAAACUGGCCACUGCGACAAAAUCUGCAACAACAUCAAAGUCCUAUGACGAAUCCGAAUUGCAAUGUUGGUAUCGUAAGAUCGAUGCAGUAUAUUCUUCGGUUAUCAAGGCCCAAGAAUACUACUAUGGAAUGCAAAGCAAAGAAAAAAUACUCAAGUUCCGAUGUCGACUCAAAGAAAAGAGAGAAAAAUUCAAGAAAAUUCUUACACUCGACACGAUGCCAACUCAAAAUGAUACAAGCCGGUUUGAAGCAUCGAUCGAUCGGUUUGGCAAGCAGAUUUUCAAACAAAAAGAAGAUCUUGUACGAUGGCGGAAAAAACUUCAAGAAUCUUUGAAAGAUAUCAAAAAGCUAAACAAAGAAGUCAAUGAGGCUAAAUGUUCUAACAUUCUUCAAAUAUAUCUAACGCGCAAGGGCAUGGAAGUUCAAACAUCAAAACAAAAUAUCAAAACAAAUCAUAUUGCUAAACUUAAUUCCUUAUAUCAUGCCGACUAUGAACAUCUGGUAGAAAUGUUUUCGUUGGGCUGCGAAAUUGUUCAAAAAGAUUAUGUCAUCCUCAAAUUCGAUGUUGGUAUUGCUUCAGAGCAUAGUGAAAAACUUGAAAAACUACGUAAAUUAAUGAAUGGCAAUGGAAUUAAGUUCAAAGAUGAUGAAAACAAGGAAAGUGAAGAUGAAUUUCAACUAAGUUUUGAUGAAAAUCCUUCGGAUAAUGAAAACGGCAUAGAAAUUCAAGUAAAUGGAAAACGUAAAAAUAAUUCAAGCGACGAAGAAGACGGAGUGUCUAUGUACAAGCGAAACAAACGGCUUUUUGAUGAUAUUGUUGACCUGGGUGAUGGAACGAUGCAAAAUGAACUUGACAUUUUUAAACGUCCCGUCGAUGGUAAUCCUGAUGAAACGCAAGUGUUGUCCAGUACAGUUGAUAUCACUGAUUACAACUCAACAUUUGAGGUUUCAUCCCUAGGGAGCAAUAAAAAAACUGAUUUAAUAACUGGUAUUUUAUGUGAGGAUAAUUCUAGUGCAGCGAAUCGCUUGCAAAUUAAGAAAGCUCUCUUAAAAUCCAAUAUAACUCGGGAUACAGUUCUAAAAACUGUCAAAUUAGGUAUUCAAAAAGAAAAUCAGAAGUUCAGUCCAAGUCGAGUUCGAAAGAGUCCCAGAACAACAACAAUCACAUCUCGAGCAUUAGCUUCAACUGCUAACUUUCUGAAACGACAAAAAGCUAAGGCUACUGGAAGUAGUAGUACAGCAGAACCUGCAGUCAGAAUUAAUAGGACUGCUUCUUUGAGAAUUAAAAAAACAUAAAUUUUAUUGAUUAAUUUAACAGAUAUUUAUAAAUUUAUUCACACAAAGGUAUCUAAUGAAUAUGUAUUUCAAAAAAGCCGGUAUAUUAUUUUUUGUUGUGCUUGUUUGUAAAAUUUUAUUAUAACCCAGUAUUCGAAUUGCUUAGAAAGCAAAAGGAAGAACUGAACAAUAAAAUAAUUUUAUUUAUUCCUUAA